UUCACUCGUAAACAGCUCUUCCUUGUGUGCCCGGAUGCCUCGGCGAGCUACCACGAAGAAGACAGCCAGUAUUGAGAACACUGCUGUGGACGGCGGCGGCAGAGCAAAGAGGACCUGCCAGAGCAGAGUGGGUAAAUCAAGAGGUAAAAAGAACAACACAGAGGAAACAGGAAUGGGAACAGGUAAAUCAUCAUCAGUUAUUGUGACUUAUCCUCCCAUCCAGGAAACUAUCACGUUACUAAAGUGUCCAGACUGUGCAUAUCCAUUGAAGCCUGUACUGGAUACAGCAGGAAUUCGCAUGCCACUGCUGCAGUGUCUGCAGUGUCCAGUGGGCCAGCCCCUCUGUGAACAAUGUCUGUACCCAUGCUCGAACAACCCAGACAAGAGCACCCCCACCUGCACCAACAGCUCCUGCCAGCUUGUCUCGGUGUUGCUCACCUGCGCUGAGGUCACAGACCCCUCGAGCAGAGUAAUGGGCUGCCCGCUGUUCCGUGCCUGCCCCAAGUGUCACAGUCUGAUGAUGCACGAGGGGGGGUGCAAGUAUGUUGCUUGUGUGAACUGCCAGCACAGAUACUGUUUUAUCUGCCUAGAGAGCACAAAGGAGUGUAGAAAGGAUGUAGGCAAGUACUGGUUACUGACCUGCUCCAAACCAAGAGCAGCCAGGCAGAGAUUCCAAACAUGAGGAGCUGCACCUCUCAGCACGAGGGCCUUCGGUUUGCCCCCAAAAAAGUUUCAAAUCAACCGCUUUUAAUGGGAAUUUUGAAUUCACCAUGAAAGAACAUCUGAAAUGAGGGAAAUUUCUGAGGUGAUUUUAGCUCUGAUGACCCUUUGGCAACACUACAGAUUGUAGUGAGUCUGGCUGGAAAGAAUUCCAAAAACAUCACUGCAAACUGGUUUUGAAUUCACUCCAAAAUAUUCCAAUAAACGCCCACGAUGUGUUUCUUCUCUGUAAAGUGAUUCACAAACUAUGUAUUGGUCUCUAAAGCCUUAGACUGACAAAUCAAGUAGAGCAGAAAUGAUGUAAUUUUGAACAUCUGGAAACUUAAAAGCUGCAUGAUGUGUAGAUGAUUUUGACAUGUUGUGCUUUAAACUUACAAAGAUAGUAAAAGGAAAAAUCGAAAUCCUCCGGAUUUCCAAAAUAAGUAGUGCAGAUGAGCUUGUAAUGCACAAAUCGACACGAGGAUUCAAAAUUACUAUUAACAAUAACGGCAUCAGAUUAACUCCAUUCAGAAAAUCCAAAAUCAAAUUACACUUAGUAUAAAGUCAAAUUAACAAGACACUUCCUCAUAAUACACUUCUUAGUAAUCAUCCUUAGAGAAGGCUACUUAAUUUACAGCUCUAAUCCAGGCCAAAGCUCUCCAGGACCAGAUAUGGGCAGCCCUGCAUUAAAGAUCUUCCUGAUCUGAGAAAAGAAAAAAAAAAACUGCAGAAAUCCACAUCUGGCUUGACAAACUUCUCAAGCUAACCUUAAACUGCAGUAUGAGAUCAAUCCCACUAGAGGGCAGCCGGAGCACCUUUUGAAUUCGUUCCAAAUGAAACUCAAUGUUUGGUAUGUGCUGAGACCAACACACUGGAGCCAGUUCAGUUCAAACAUUUGUAUUAAGAUCUGGUAUAAGACAUUAAUAAACACUGGAGGUCAA